AUGCCUCCACAAAAUGAUCCUGGCCCAUCCCACCCAUGUGUCAAACCGAAAACCCACAAGCCUGCCUACACCAAACUUGAGUUAUCCUACCUUUACAUUCCUGCAGAUAAUACUUCAACAAGUUCUGGUGUCAAGAUCACUGCUGGAGAGCCAAUCUUCGUCAACCCCAACUCUCAUAGCAGUGUUAUUAAAGUCUUACGUGAAAUAGGCCACCAAACCAACAUCACAAAGUAUGUCAAGGGGGGAUGCCGUGAGUGGGUGGCUAUCACAUGCGAUGGUUUGCCAUUUAGUAUAGCACAGAGGGUAUUGAAGGAGACAUACACAUGCCCUACUUGCCACACAGCCAUCUUCACAAGAAAGAACUACAUAUCCCACGUGAAGGAUCAUGAGGAAUACGCCGACAUGAGCGAGGAUGAUUUACCUUUCGACUUUGAGUUUGAUUGGACGAUCCUUCGAAUUGGCCAUGGUCAUUUCGAAAUGAAUAUGGUUAGAUCCUUCUUCAAGCUCAACUGGGAUGUGUGCAUUAAAGAGUUGGCCAAGUGCAUGGAUUUUUGCUCUGAAAAUGCACAGAAAUAUGCAAAGUCGGGAGGAGAUCACCACAAGGCGUGGGAACUUCUUCAAAUCCUCUACCUAGGAUGUAUUGAUGAAUUGAUCCUUCCCUGCGUUAGGGAGUGCCUUCAGAAAGACCUGGUCUCCACUCCUGAUGGUUUUCUGCGAUGGACCCGUGACAUCAAGAAUCAUCGCUACCAAUACCUCCAGGAGCAGAUGCUAACCUAUGCAUCAGCAAUCAUCCAUCUCCGACGUGGAAUUCGACAGAAUGACAUGGCCCUUGUGUUAGCUGGGAGAGUGAAGUAUGCCCCAAUUUUCCACAGCAGAAAUCACCCAAAAUACCAACAGAUUGAGCUAACUGAAUUGUCUAAUUUCCUGACUGCACCCACCGCACUUCAAGACUUCCUCAAGACUUAUCAGGCCAUCUCAACCUCGGUAGAUCCAGAGCGAUGUGAAGAUAUGGACUUCGUACUCGAGGCUAUCAACAAGAAGAGCAAGUCCUGGGCACCCAGAGGAGUACCCACUCACCAGGAAUGGCAAAAGAUUUUUAGAAAUCUGCAGAAAUUUGAUGAGCUGCGUUCAGCAGUCUUCAGUCGAAUGCGUAGAUAUGACCCAGAUGCUGAGAAAAGGUACAAAAGUUCACACAUUGCCCGUGAUGAGGAAGUAACAGCUUGGAGGACCUGUCUCAGAGGGAGUAAUUUUCUUGAUAAUCCAUUCACUUCUGAUGCUCCUUUCACUUCAGUUAGUGCUGAGAAGCUGGAUCCUGAACUUGUACAUCUCACCAAUCAAGCUGUGAAGAGAAGGAGAUACUUUGCAAGAAAAAUGUUUGGAGUUGCUCAAGAAGACGACAGUGCAGAACCCAGUCAAGUGUUUGUCACAGAGGCAGAACGAGCUCAGCACAAUGAUAUUAGAAAUCAAAGGAAGGAGACGAUUGCGACUCGUGUUCUCACAGCGAUCAAUGCACUGGAUGAUGCUGGCAUCAAAACCCUUCUGCUUGCCGAAUGGGAAAUGUCUGUCAAAAAUAAGAAGAGGGAGGAUUAUAUCUCUUUCUUCUUUCGAGUUGAAGAAGAGGUUGCACAUCCUGGAUGAAGAAUAGACAACAUUCAAGGCUCUUUAAUAAAUUGACGCAAGUGGGAACAGCAUGAAGUCACAAGACAUCACUGCAGUAUAUAUUCUCCCAACCAGCUGUUGUUACAUCCAGCCCACAAGGAAUUUUCUGAAGUCAUCAUGUCUACUUGAUUCCCUUAGCAUCAAAUGUGAAACAGUACUUGCAUCUUGAAGAGGGAAUCGUUGAUGCCAAGACUUCGGAUUUGAUUGGCAGGUUUGCAGUUCAACGUUUCACAAGGCAACCACAAUUUGCUCAAAAUCAACCAGGGAAAACACAAGGCAACAUGUUUUGGAUAAGUGAACACAUUAAAGGAAAAUAACACUUACAAGUUGAUCAGUAUCUCAUUGAAGUGCUUGAUACCCUUCCACACAAUAGUUGAAACAAAAGGCCCAUAAUGAAUUCAAGACAGAGUUGUCAAAAUGUAUUCAAUGAAAUGUAUACUUGUAUUUUUAGCUUUGUAAUUCACAUGCAAUUCAGUUUGUUAACUGCAAUAUGUCGAACAUUUUAAUAAAUACCAUUUAUCUAUCUAUCUAUCUAUCUACAUAAAGGGGUACUCUGGGCAAAAAUAAUAUGAUUUAAAUUGAUAGAGAAAAUCAAGUAAGCAAAAAACUAAAACCUUCAUAAAAAUUGUAUGAAGAUUAGUGAGGUUAUUGGAUAUUUAAUUUUGCAUGAUUUUUGAGAAACAGUUAUAUAUGUGUCCUCAUGAGAAUGCCAUGGGCAACCUGAUGAUGUCAUAAUUUAACGUGUUCUCUUGUAUCUUUGAUAUAUUUUACUGAUUUAAAUUUUCUCUGCCAAGGUAUUGAAAUGGAGUCAAUUGCUGGUUUAAUUGGCAAAAUAAUCAUUACUGAAACUUGUAUUUUGAAGGUACGAUGCCAGAAAAAUGUUUUUAUGUAAGAGAUGUGACACCAUCAGCCCACACAUUGCAUAUUCAUGACAACAUGCAUAUAAUCAUUUUACCAAAUUAAUACCAAAGUUAAACAAUGUAAUAACUACUUUAUUCAAUUUGGGGGAAAUCUUUAGUGUUUUACUUGUCCAAAUCUUUGUUUCUUCAUAUUUUUAUUUCAAGUCUAAUGAGCACCCUUAUUUGGUGGAUAUAUUUUGCGCAUUUGAAGUGUCUUUAUUAUCAUUAUGAUGAUUCGUAUUUGUAUUAUCAUUAUUAUUGUUAUUAUUCGUAGUAAUAUAAUUAGUAAUAUUAUCAUAAUAAUUAUAAUGGUUACUAUCAAUUAUUGAAGCUUUUAUGACAACUUUUGUUACCAAUUAUGCGAUAAGAAUCACGGUUUCAUUUUGUUUGAACUUUACAGUUUGUGCAAUUUUCAACUUUUUUGUUGAACUUAAACAUGAAAGUGUUCACUUAUGCCAAAAAGGCAGCCCAGCUAAAGCCGGGGUAAUAAUAGCAGGGCCCGCUGGGAGAACAGUUUUCGGAACUGAAGCGGCUACCCUGGGUAAAUAUACCGCUAUUAUUAUUAUUAUUAUUAUUAUUAUUAUAGUAUUUUUCAUGUCCUUCAUAACUGUGAAAUACAAUCAAGUUUUGCAUUAAUAUGAUAUAAUUCAUUGGGAUUCAUUACAAUAUUUGUAUGAGAAAGUUGAAGUGGAAGAGCAUUUCCAAAUCUUUCUUUCUGAAUGUAGAUUCAGGAUAAAAUUACCAGAUUCAUGUAAUCUCAGUAAACCAAUCAAGGACCAACAGAUCUCUUCAGCAGAGUAAUCAAAAUUUCCCAAAAUAACUUUUGCUUUAAUUUAAAAAAGAUAUGGAAAAAUGUUUCAAAAGAAAGAACAUUUAACCAAGUAACUUUAUCUCGCAUUCAUAAAAAUACCUUAAACAGAUAGACAUACUUAAGCUUUUCGAGAUGCACAGAAUUCUAUGUUUGCAAUUUAAUAUUACAAUUAUUUGUAGAAUAAUUAAAAUGGGCCUGUUUUCCUCAAUGGGUUAUGUGAAUAGGAAUUACCCUUAGUAAUUUUGAUAGGCAGACCGAACAAACUACAACUACACAGUAGUUCUUGGUUUCAAAAUAAGACAGAAUUAACAACUUUAUUUGUUAAAUUCUUUGCUCUAUUCAUUUAAUGUAGUUAAAAUAAAUACACAUCAAUCGAAUUAUGAUGUAGUAAUUUAAAUCAAAUUAGCUUAAAUUUGUUCAACAAAUAUUCAGCAAGUUUUACAUUUCGACUGAAGAGAAUUGCCUGGUAUCAUAAAUAUAACUGAAGUUCAUUGAGUCGAAUGUCUACUAGUGGCUGCAUUCCAAACUAGUCAGAAUUAUUUGAAUUAAAAAGAAUGUCUACCUCUCUGUCUCAGCAGAUUUUUUGUUUCAUUUCAUAGGGUUUAUUGGGAACUUGCAAACUUCUAUCCCGACUUUAUUAAAAUCAUUGAUGCACAUUAUUAAAAUUGAAAAGAAAAAUUACUGUCUUGCAGCAAAUGGUUAUUCUGUUUUACCAACUUAGGUGUUCGCUUUCCAAGAUGUAAUACGUCUUAACAGUAAUUGCCCAUGUUUAACCAUAAACAACCAGUGGUGGGGGGGGGGGGGGGGUUAAUGAUAAUUUGAAAACCAAAGAAGAUUUCACAUGGGUCAUUAAAAGGGUUUUCCAGGCUGAAUAGAAAAUGACUUGAAAAGAUAAUAGAGUUUUUUUGGUCAGAAUAAUGUAAAUAAAGAUAAGGAUUAUGGUUUAUUUAGUUUUGGAGGUUACGACUUAUGUUUGGCUUAACAUGUGGUUUUUCCAUCGUAGCAAUUGUCGCCGGAGCCUGCAACCAAUUUUUUUUUUAUUUACAUCCAAAUUAAUAAUUUAAUUAAUAAAUUUGCAAUUGGAUCCAAACUUAAAUUUGUAAAGUAAAAUAUAAUGCCUCAUAAACCUGUUUGCCAAAUUUCGGAUUGAUGGCUGAAAUGUUGGGGUUGA